GCAGGUUGGAUAUAGUCAAUGCAUUUUAAAGUUUGAUACGUUAAAAGGGUCAGCAUUUCCUGUUUAGAUAUUUUCUUUUGCAGAGUUCCUGGUAGACGGUGCUGUCUGACAAUCAUUGCUCAUUUUUACAUUUUUAUUUGCAGUCCUCUUGUACCAGAGAUGUUAUAGCGUAGAUAUAGCUGUCAUACAGUCAGCAACACCCCGCAGACAUAAGAUUGCAACACCUUUAAAGCAUGCACUAUCCAUGCACAUUUCGACGAGAUGUUGCCUUGGCAAGGUAAGAGGAAGCCCGUGCUCCCGCUCUCCAAGGACGUGUUUGAGCAGCCUCCUGCUGCUGCCACACCCCCAAGAGAUUUGGAUUCGAAAGCUUGUGUGACCAUCGGAGAGAAGAACUUUGUGGUGAAGGCCGAUGACCUGGAGCAAAUCGACGAGCUGGGAAGAGGGGCGUAUGGUGUGGUGGACAAGAUGAGGCACAUGCCCAGUGGCUUGAUCAUGGCAGUGAAGAGGAUCCGUGCCACAGUGAACACCCAGGAACAGAAGAGACUGCUGAUGGACCUGGACAUCUCAAUGAGGACAGUAGACUGCUUCUACACAGUCACUUUCUACGGCGCACUCUUCAGAGAGGGUGAUGUGUGGAUCUGUAUGGAGCUGAUGGACACUUCUCUGGAUAAAUUCUACAAGCAGGUGAUAGAUAAAGGCAUGACCAUCCCCGAGGACAUACUGGGAAAGAUGGCCGUCUCGGUAGUGAAGGCUCUGGACCAUCUGCACAGUAACUUGUCAGUGAUCCACCGAGAUGUGAAGCCAUCAAACGUAUUGAUCAACACACAGGGCCAGGUGAAGAUGUGUGACUUUGGGAUCAGUGGUUACCUGGUGGACUCCGUGGCCAAGACCAUAGACGCCGGCUGCAAGCCCUACAUGGCGCCAGAGAGGAUCAACCCAGAGAUUAAUCAGAAAGGCUACAACGUCAAGUCUGACAUUUGGAGUUUAGGAAUCACUAUGAUUGAGCUGGCCAUCUUGCGUUUUCCCUAUGACUGGGGCACACCCUUCCAGCAGCUGAAGCAGGUGGUGGAGGAUCCAUCCCCCCAGCUUCCUGCUGACCAGUUCUCCCCUGAGUUUGUUGACUUCACCUCCCUGUGUUUAAAGAAAAAUUCCAAAGAGCGGCCAAACUACCCAGAACUCAUGCAACAUCCCUUUUUCAUCUCCCACAAAUCCAAAGAGACUGACGUGGCUUGCUUUGUCAAGGUCAUCCUCGGGGACUGAUAAGCAGCCCUGAUC